UCUCCGGAGGCUCUUCGCCUGCGCCCAGGGUGGUGCCAUGUGGGGCGGACGCCGCUCAACCGCCGCCUCCUCCCUGAACACCGCUUCCCUCUUGCAGCUGCUGCUGGCUGCGCUGCUGGCGGCGGGGGCGCGGGCCAGCGGCGAGUACUGCCACGGCUGGCUGGACGCGCAGGGCGUCUGGCGGAUAGGCUUCCAGUGCCCCGAGCGUUUCGACGCCGGCGAUGCCACCAUCUGCUGCGGCAGCUGCGCGUUGCGCUACUGCUGUUCUAGCGCCGAGGCGCGUCUGGACCAGGGCGGCUGUGACAACGACCGCCAGCAGGGCGCGGGUGAGCCUGGUCGGGCGGACAAAGACAGCCCCGACGGCUCGGCAGUGCCCAUCUAUGUGCCAUUCCUGAUCGUCGGCUCUGUGUUUGUGGCCUUUAUCAUCUUGGGGUCCUUUGUGGCAGCCUGUUGCUGCAGAUGUCUCCGGCCGAAGCAGGAGCCCCAGCAAAGCAGAGCCCCGGGGGCCAACCGCUUGAUGGAGACUAUCCCCAUGAUUCCCAGCGCCAGCACUUCCCGGGGGUCAUCCUCCCGCCAGUCCAGCACAGCUGCCAGUUCCAGCUCCAGUGCCAACUCAGGGGCCCGGGCACCCCCAACAAGGUCACAGACCAACUGUUGCUUGCCUGAGGGGACUAUGAACAAUGUGUAUGUUAACAUGCCCACAAAUUUCUCCGUGCUGAACUGUCAGCAGGCAACCCAAAUUGUGCCACAUCAAGGGCAGUACCUACAUCCCCCAUAUGUGGGGUACACAGUGCAACAUGACUCUGUGCCCAUGACACCUGUGCCCCCUUUCAUGGAUAGCCUACAGCCUGGCUACAGGCAGAUUCAGUCCUCCUUCCCCCACACUAGCAGUGAACAGAAGAUGUACCCUGCGGUGACUGUAUAGCUCACAAGUCACCCACUGGAUUCCCUUAUAAGGCUGAGAAAAACUGGGAUGGAUUCUUCAGAUGGAAGCCUGUGCAUG